AUGGAGGAGGGGUUACCCCCCGUUCGAGAAGCCGAAGGGGAGCGUAAUCAGCCGCCUUACGGCCUCUUUUCCUGCUGGGCGCUCCUUCAGCGGGCCUUUCCCUGGCGGCGGCUUCGGAGGCGAGGGGGCGAGCGGUGGCACCAGCUCAAGUCUGCGUCGAUAGCCCUCCGAUUUGGGCACCAGCGCCGGCUGAGCCCGGGGAGCUGCAGGUACGACCCCCUCAGCUACGCUCAGAACUUCGAGGAGAAGGCCUUCGACGGGGAUGACGACGAAAAUUUCUACCGCGGGUUCUCUUCGAGGUUCGUCCCGAUCGCCCCAGCGACGAAAGUGAACCCGCCGGAGGGGAAGUGA